GCAGGCUUAAGAGGGAUAAGGCUUCACUAGAACUAACUAGAAUGGACAGUUACUUUAAAGCAGCGGUUUGUGAUUUGGACAAACUACUUGAUGAAUUUGAGAAGAAUACAGAUGAAUAUGACUGCUAUAGGACACUUCAAAAUCCAUGCGACCCAAAAAAACAGUCACUAUUUUCAGUUUUGGAACAACAUGCAUUUCCAACACCAAAGCUACAAGACGAUGCUAAUACUUGUACAGGGGAAGAAGUUUCUCUAGGCAGCUGUGUUGGAACAAGUGAAGUGGCUCCGAAUUACUCACUGCAAAAUGAGAGGAAUGUUGCUGGGCUUGAUCUUUUGUCCACUGUGGAUGGUGGUUCCUCAAAUGAAGCCCAAGCUUCUAGCCUGCGGAGGUGCAGUGUACCUGUGUGUGAUCUUGUUAAUGACACAGGUAACUUAAUCCAUUCAGUGGGUGCUCAUGAAGAUGCUCAGAAGUUGCAGCCAGCUGACUCGCAGUAUAGUGAAGACUGUUUGCUUGACUUUGCCAUGCCUCCCAUAUUGGCUCCUGUUCAGGGAUCAUUCAGCUGCAGUGAUGUUUUGUGUACACAACAAAGUGAUGGGGAGUCAAUCUUGCAAAAUUCAGGACUACUUAAAACCGAAGAGUUGAAUCAUGUUACUUUUAAAUCAGGCAGUUAUGCUAAAGAAAAGAUUUUGGAUCCCUAUGAUGAUAAAUGCACGACAGACUCUUUAAAGGCUAAUGAGACUUUUGAUCAGGUUGAACAAAAUGCUUGCCUUAAUACUGUAUGUGCCCGUGACACAUCACAGAAUUCAGAUGUGCACAGUCCCAAAGAUGAGACAACUUAUGAAAAAUUGCCGUGUGAGCCACAAGAUGACAGUGCGCGCUCUUUAGUGAACAAAGAGAUGCAUGGAAGAAAUACUGUGGAAAACAUGGGCUUAAAAGACGAGAGUAAUGUUGAAACCCUGCCUUCAGAUCUGCCAAAGAGUCCUCAUUUGCACAAAAAGAGUGCAGCAUUACCCAGAAGUUGUGUUUUAUCAGGUUCCUCAUUUCAAAUAGAGAAUAAAAUAGAAAUAGAAGAGGAAAAUGCGGAAGAAAAUGUAGGCAGUGAAAAAGCUGGUGGCAAAGAAAUACUAAACAGAGUUUCAACUUCAUGUAUUUCAGUUGAGGAUGUUCAGGCUUCACUGUCAUGUCUUCCACUUCCUGUAUCUAUAUGUGGUUCAUUAACUGUAAAAGAAGAAAAAAUGAAUCCUCUACCUCAGAAUGAAGUGACAGAGGUUAUUAGUGAUAUUUUAACUGUUCGUGCUGGAAAGUCUAAAACAGACCCACUUGAUAAGGAGUCCCACAAAAAGACUGACUUGCAUGAACAUGACAGAUAUCUACCUAAAAUCAGCCAAAGCUUUGUAGAAAAAGAUGUUGGCGAAGAGAGGCAUGAUACCGAGAAUAGAAUCGAUUAUGGUGAUUCUCAGCAAUUUGAAACGCUUGGUUCUGCUUUUCCCAUUUUAGAAUAUGAAACUGAGCCAUAUGGUGCAGAGUUUUACUAUGGUGAAAGUAUUAGUCCAGAUUUAGAUGAAUUUACUGUUGAGGAUAAUAUUAUUAAAAGUGAUACUCUAAUAAGUGAUGCAGAGCUUGAUGAUUUCUUGUAUGGACAAAGUCUCCAGCCAGUGCAACAAUCUUUAGAGGGUGAUAGUAAUUUACUGGAACCUGAUGCAAAUGAAGCAAACUUAACAAAUGCGAAAAAAAUGGAUUUCACAGAGGCCAGUGAAGAAGGUACAUCUGGCAUUACUGUUAAAUCAUCUGUUACUGACUAUAAAUUGGAAUCUGCGAUGGAAGAGUGUCAGUCUUGUGUUCAGGAUGCAACUGAAAGUGACAGUGAAGUUUCUGUUUCUGCUGUUCAUACUGAAGGAGCAAGACCAAAACAGUUGCUUGACCUUUCCCAAAGAGUAAAUGUACCUGAGGGAGAAAAUCAGGAAGCCACUUCGGUAACACCAAAAGCUCCCAACUCAGGCACCAGUGUUAGUUUCGAACCUGCUCACUCUGGGGAAGGCAGCUGUGAAGAUGGAGGAAGUAAAACAGCUGUAAAAGGAGAAUCACUUAAGAAACCUCUUCUUUUGGGACAGAAACAGCCAUCGUGGGUUCCUGAUUCAGAGGCACCCAACUGCAUGAACUGUCAAGUCAAGUUCACAUUUACGAAACGACGACAUCAUUGUCGUGCAUGUGGAAAAGUUUUCUGUGGCAACUGUUGCAACCGAAAGUGCAAACUACAAUACAUGGAGAAGGAAGCAAGAGUCUGUAUUGGCUGUUAUGACUCUAUUAUUAAAGCACAGGCAUUUGAAAGGAUGAUGAGUCCAACUGGUCCUAUCCCUAUUUCCACUGUCUCCUCUGAAUGUUCUUCUGCUGUUCCACCUUCACAGGAGGCACAGGCAACUGAUAGUUCCAGCUCUCCUUCAUCAUCUAUGUUGUUGCCUAUCUCUGUGCUUAAACAACCAGGUAUCGAAGGGCUGUGCCCCAAAGAACAGAGGAGAGUGUGGUUUGCCGAUGGUAUUUUGCCAAAUGGUGAAGUGGCAGAUACAACAAAACUUUCGUCUGGAGCAAAGAGGUCAUCACAGGACCUAAGUCCAGUAAACCCUGACUUGCCAGAGAUGCCUAUGGUUGUAAAUCCAGAAGAGAAUGACACGUUAAGUGGUGUAAAUCCAAAACCAAAGGAAGUAAUGGAUGUUACUGCAAGAACUGAAGAACUGCGUUGUGAAUCUUCUGUUCCUUCACAUGAUAGGCAACAGGCCAUUCCUAGGCAAGCUGAGCUGGUGCCUGCUUACAAAACAGUAACUCCAGAAACGGAGGGGUUUUCUACUGCUGCAGAAACUGAAAAGUCUAGUCCCAGCUCGGCUGAUGGGACUAAAAAUGAUUUGCCUGUUAGUCCUUCAAGUUACAGAGCACUAUGUGGUCUUGAAAAGUGUGUUAGUAAGGAAGUCAGCCUUGUUCCUGAUGGUGAUAAACUGCCACCACUUUUGCUUGCAGCAGGAGAAAAAGGAAAAGAUCCUCUAGUGGAAGAACAUCCAUCUUGCCAACAGGUCACCUCGCUUCUUGCAGAAGGAGAUCCUAAUCCAUUAACCUUCAUCCUAAAUGCAAACUUCCUUGUGAAUGUCAAGUUAAUAUCUUAUUCUUCAGAAAAGUGCUGGUACUUCUCAACAAAUGGACUACAUGGCAUGGGUCAGGCAGAAAUUAUCAUUCUAUUGCAGUGUUUACCAGAUGAAGAGAAUUUCCCUAAUGAAAUACUCAAAUUAUUUAUUGAGAUCUAUAAGGAUGUGAUGAAAGGAAGGUUAAUAAGAAAUAUGGAUAACUUCACUUUUAACGAGAACUGUCUUGGUAAUAAAGAUCACGGAGGCUUCCUGUUUGUUUCACCAACUUUCCAGAAUUUCGAUGACUUGCCUUUGCCAGAUAACCCUUUUCUGUAUGGCAUUCUCAUCCAUAAGUUGGAAAUACCCUGGGCAAAAGUUUUUCCAAUCCGUUUAAUGUUGAGAUUGGGAGCAGAGUGUGGGGUGUAUCCAACGCCUGUAGUAAGUGUCAGAGACCGCAAGCCACUCUUUGGAGAGAUAGGACACACAAUUAUGAAUCUGCUUGUUGAUCUUAGGAAUUAUCAAUAUACUUUGCAUACCAUAGACAACCUAUUUGUUCAUGUGGAAAUGGGUAGAAGCUGUAUUAAAAUACCUCGAAGCAGAUAUAAUGAGAUGAUGAAGGUGAUAAAUUCUUCAAAUGAGCAUGUAAUUAGCAUUGGAGCCAGUUUUAAUAGUGAAGCAGAUUCUCACUUGGUGUGUGUGCAGAGUAAAGAUGGUGUCUAUAACACACAAGCAAACAGCGCAACUGGGCACCCUAGGAAAGUCACAGGUGCAAGUUUUGUGGUGUUUAAUGGAGCCUUGAAAACAUCUUCAGGAUUUCUAGCUAAAUCCAGUAUAGUUGAAGAUGGACUAAUGGUACAAAUAACACCAGAAACAAUGGAAAGCUUGCGUCAGGCAUUGAGAGACCAGAAAGACUUUAGAAUAACUUGUGGCAAAAUGGAUGCAGGAGACCUAAAAGAAUAUGUAGAUAUUUGCUGGGUAGAAAAUGAAGAAAAAACAAACAAAGGAAUUGUAAGCCCGAUAGAUGGAAAAUCAAUGGAAGGAACUCAAAGUGAAAAAGUACUACAAGGUGGAGACUUUGAAACAGAAGGCAGAAUUAUGAAGUGUACUGAAGUGUACUAUUUUCAAAAGGAUCUUGAACUAUCCAGUCCUAUUCCUCACCAGUUUGCUAAAGAGAUUGCUAUUGCUUGCAGUACUGCUCUUCGCCCACAUCUUAAAACCUUGAAAGAUAAUGGAAUGAACAAAAUAGGCCUUAGAGUUUCCAUUGACUCAGAUAUGGUCGAGUACUUGGCAGGUUCUGGUGGUCAACUUCUUCCACAGAACUAUCUGAAUGAGUUGGACAGUGCUCUGAUUCCUGUGAUCCAUGGUGGGAUGUCAGAUCCUACAUCUUUGCCAUUGGAAAUGGAGUUAAUAUUUUUUCUUAUAGAACAUCUGUUUUGAUGAGGAUGAUGUAUAUUGCAUACAAUAUACUGAUUUGCUAGAUCUAAACACCAAAGUUGUAAUGCUAAAAACACUAAAAAUAUCUAUGUCACUAAAACUAGUUUUGUUUUAAUGGACUUUAA